UCAAUGUCUCUGUAAAACUAAAACCCAUUUCAUUUAAUCUCCUCUUUAUGAGAUAAGUUCACUUUGCCAUCCUGAUAACUAGCAGUGGUCCACUAUGAAUGCUACUACUGUCACACUGCUAUUUCUGAUCAUUUUUGGAGUAACUGCAACACUUUGUGCAGGGAGUGUAGGAGGUCCAGCAGAGCGCUGUUUGUGUGCAGGAACUCUUGUGCCCACUGUCAAGCAAAGGAAUAUUGGCAAGAUGGAAACAUUCCUCCCCAGUCCUUCCUGUUCAAAGACUGAGCUCGUUAUCACACUCAAGAGAGGAAAAAGGGUCUGCCUGGACCCGGAUGGAAAGCAAGGACAGACGAUCCUGCAGCGUAGAAUUGAAAAGAAGCCAAAGCCAGGACCCAAGAAACGAAGAGGCAAGAAACAGAAGAAGCACCCCUAAAGCUGCGAUGCCUGCUUUCACUCCCCAUUAUCUACUACAGCUAAUUACAAACAGAGAUGAUUAAAAUGGGACUAAUGUGGAUUUGUGGUUAUUUCUGUUCCACAUGUGAUUAUCAACAUAAUUUUGGGUGUGAAUUUCAGAACCCUGUUUCAAAUCACCUAUUGCUUCCAGGUUAUUUCCAGCCAAAUUAUGGCUUUUAGCAUCUAUAUAAUGAAUGAAUCAUAUAUAUUUUAAGGUUUAUAUAGUUUUGGGAUUUGAUUACUGCACUCAAAUUUCAUUUUAAUUCUGUUGAUGUGGUAAGAUGACAGUUCUUUUGUUGUGGAAAAAUGAAACAAAAAA